UUGCAGUUGUGUGUCUUUGCACUUUGUCAGCUUCCAGAUAUGAUGAACAGCUCAUCAUCUGGACCCCAGGACAACUGUACAUGGCCUUGCCAGAGCACUCAGCAACCAGGGGCCCCAGUGUGGCCCAGCCAGCCAUACCAACCUUGCUGGCCCUAUCAGCCCAACCAGGCUAACUGGCCUGGGAUGCAGCCCACUGUACCGAACUGGCCAGGUUACCAGCCAGCACCACCCACCCAGCCACUUUGGCCAAGUCCUCCAUCCAUGGUACCUAGCCAACCAAACCAACCAAUUUUGCCAAGUCAGCCUAACCAGCCGUUUUCCCCUAACCAACCAAUCCCACCAAGCCAACCAAUCCAACCCAUCUCACCUAGCCAACCAAUCCCAUCAAGUCAGCCAAGCCAACCAAUCCCAUCAAGCCAAGCAAUCCCACCAACUUGGCCGUCACAGACCCCCAACUCCAUUCCCUCAUCAUGGCAUGGAAACCCUGGGCAGCCAGGAUGGCCUAAUCAGAGCCCCAAAGGAGUUCAACAACAUUCAUGGCCACCUGUCCCACCCACAGGGCCUGUGUCAGUGCCUUUUAACAUGAAUUUUCCACGUGGCAUCUAUGAUAAGAUGAUGCUUACAAUAAGAGGACAGGUGAAGCCUGAUGCAAAAAUGUUUACUGUUAAUUUUCUGCGUGGCAAUGAUAUCGCCUUUCAUGUCAACCCACGAUUCAAUGAGCAAGGAAAGCAGGUCCUUGUUCGCAACCACAAGCUAGGGGACCAGUGGGGACCAGAAGAGAGAAUUCUCCUAGCACCAUUUCCCUUUGUGGCAGGACAGUACUUUGAGAUGAAGAUUCUCUGUACAAUCAAUGAAUUCAAAGUGGCAGUCAAUAACACAGCUGUGUUUGAGUUCAAUCAUCGCAUCAGAGAGGUGAACCAGAUCGAUCGUCUCAACAUUCUCCAUGACGUCAGUCUUAUAUCGGUCAAUGUGGACACGGUUUCUUGAGAUAAACUGGUCUCCAUGUCUUACCCCAUCAACCCUCCAUGCAGACAAUACUCAGGAACUAACAUUAAUUCUGCUGUCCCUUAACACAGUGUUAAUUAAUUUAGGUUGCAAUGCAAAUAUUUCACUAUAGAUGUGUAAAUCCACAGAAUGUUUGACACAUAUACUUGCCAUUCUUCAGUUCAAAGUGGUCUUCAAAUUAAGACCAUCUGAAGGGCUUUUUGUAUCUCUUUCUUACACACACAUUUUUUUCCUUAAUAAAGUACACAGUGAUGUGGUCUUAAGAUAAUCUAUACAAUUGUUAUUCUAGUAUGUAGUCUAUGUAACUAUGCAACAAAACUGAUGUAAAAUGACUACAGUACAGUAUUUAACCACUCAUUUUAUUUUAAGACCAUAAGCAACAGCAUGUGAAAUUAACUCUGCAGUACAGAAGUUACAACCA